AUGGGAAUUGUAUCAACACAGGUUUUUGUGGCUUUAUUGGUUGAUGAAUAUUUGUUCAGUGCUGCUGCUUUAUCCAAUCUUGCCCUCAAACAGCCCACCAUCAUAGUUGUGGCUAUUAUAGCUAAAGGUGUUCUUGAAUCUGACACCAAGGAAUUGAUCAUAUACGCAAGAGCAAAUAAAAAGGUUAUUUUUCCAGCUUUAGACAUCCGUGUCAAGAACGUGGCUAGAACGUAUUCUCUUGAACACGAGGGUGAAAGUGUCAUCUUUGAUCAACUAUUCACAUUACUGGAUUCAGACAUGCAAAAUGAAGAAAGCUUUAGAAGAGAAUUAGCAUCCUGCACAUGUGCCCUUCAAACAUCAAUCAAUCAACACAUGUCCAAAGAAGAAGAACAGGUGUUCCCCUUGCUCGUUGAGAAAUUUUCAUUUGAGGAACAAGCUUCGUUAGUUUGGCAAUUUUUAUGCAGCAUUCCUAUAAACAUGAUGGCAGAGUUUCUUCCAUGGCUUUCAGCUUCUGUAUUUUCUGAAGAACGCCAUGAGAUGCGUAAUUAUUUAUGCAAAGUAAUCCCAUAAGAAAAGCUAC